AUCGUCGACUUCGGUGGGCGAUCCGGAGCACCGUGCUUUCCUUCGGUUCGCUCUCAGUUUCAAUCGCGCGUUCCGAGCUUGCUCCGGAAGAGCGCAAAUCGAGAAACCGGGGUGAUCGGUGAUCGAGAAAAAACCCGGACCGGUACCUGAAACCUCGCGAUGGUCCGACGGACAAUGAGCCACUUCGAAAUAUGAAUACAGAUUCGGAAACUACGAUCACGCGUCUAUCGAUCUCGAUCGUGAAGCCGGACACCACGGUUUAUCCUUCAGCUGACCAGUUGUCUUCGAGAGAUGUCACGCGACACGUGUCCCACGACGCGAUCGAAUGCAAAACGCGAAAACGUAGAUCCGACUGAUUCUGCUUGCGAAUACAGUUGAACACAGUGAUAAAGUUGAUGAUCUUGUCAAUGAAGGAACAUCUGGAGAACGCGAACAGUUGUAUCGCAAACAUGUGUUUCCGUUCGGUGUACCACAAUCGUGUACAAUGCGAUCUGAUACGCUCGUUUUGUUUUUCACCAUUAAAAAGAAUAUCAGUCCGGCAAGACGCGCGCCUUUGCGAUGUCUUCUUCUCUACCUACGGUAAAGAACGCUGAGACAUUUCAAAUUCGAAAUUGUUCGUCCGUGCGUAUAGCUGUCUCUUUGCCGGCUUUCUGGACCGGAAAGCACGUGACAUUUCCUCGCAGAGUGUUCCAGACGCUCUUUUCCGUCUACAUGGAAAAGGAUCCCGAACUUGAUCCCUCUCAUCGGCUUCAAGUUCCUUCGACACAUUGGCUUCCACGUGUUGACGUCCUUGGGCCGUCACACGGUGUUCGACAAGUAUACGAAAUCGCGAGGGUGUCCGUACAAAUUGUUCUUAGCUUUUUCCUAAGGAACAUCAAUCGUCGGCGCGAGAACGAACGACACGAUUGCGCGUGAUGUGAGUCAUAAAAAGUCGUGCUAAUGCCUCCUUCCGCACGAGCUGAACUGGAGAACAGCUGCUACGAUAAUAAAUUCUCGGCUCAUUUGCUUUUGGCUUUUUUUUCGAACUCAUAUCGACGGCGGAAGCAAAUAUAUUCAUGUACACAACACACAUGGUCGAUAGUCUUCACUCUGCUCCAAAAUAUCUCUUUUUCGUCGUCGCGCGAUGGAGCGCAAACAGUCUCUUCAAUGCGAAUUCACCGCUCAUCCAAAUUUCAUUUGUUAUGCGAAUUUUAUAUGCUCCCGCUUCGUUGCAAAAAAAAAAAA